UUAUCAAUACCCAACUCAAGCUUUGGGAAAAUUGUUUGAAAAUGUUCAUAUUCACUUGUAGUGUUUGAAGCACUCAUGUAAUAUGCAUUGCUUCUAUUAAGUAAAAUGGUUGGGCAAGCAGGCUUUUCUUCUUCAUGAUCUCUUUCUUGUUUUCAAUUUGUUCCUUUUACAUGAAAGUCUGCUGUUAUUUUUGGCAGUAAAAUAGCGUGAUGAGCAGUUUUGCCCAAAGGGAGGGGCUGUUAUCAGAAAAGGGUGACUGGGAAUGUCCAUCAGAAGCAGCAGCUCGGUUCCUGAUGGCGUUUCACGUGCACUGACACGUGGUUUGUGAUGGCAUCCGAGGCUGAGAAGACCCAGGCUUUGCUCCAGUCUUGCAGCACUCAGUCUCUUCUUUCCAGCCUCGGUCUGGGGAUCUUCUGCCUCGUAGCUGACAGACUUCUGCAGUUGUCCAUAAUCCAGCAAAAUAACUGGAUUCGCGCCCUCUCCGAUAAUGCAGUGCAUGGUGUGAUUGGCAUGUGGUCCUGGGCAAUAGUCAUCGGAAUCAAGAAGAAGACUGACGUGCGAGAAAUCUUCCUCGCUGGGUUUUUAGCCUCAGUUAUUGACGUAGACCACUUUUUACUGGCUAGGUCCCUGUCUUUAAAGGCUGCUUUGACUCUUCCACGGAGACCCUUCCUUCACUGUUCUACUGUGAUCCCCGCCGUGGUCCUGACCCUCAGGUGCACCAUGCACCUCUUCAAGCUCAAGGACUCCUGGUGCUUCCUUCCCUGGAUGGUCUUCAUAUCCUGGACCUCACACCAUAUCCGCGAUGGCCUUCGGCACGGCCUGUGGAUAUGCCCCUUUGGGAAAACUCCGCCCUUGCCACUCUGGCUCUAUGUAGUAAGCACAGCAUCCUUACCCCACAUCUGCUCCUUGGUCAUGUACUUAACAGGGACCAGAGAGGUGAUGUCUUCAAAACACGGAAUUCAUAUCGAUGUCUGAGGUAACCAUGCGGCAGCCUCAGAGAAGCAAAUGGUUUAGACAAUGAUAAUUAAGGAUGCCCAACAUUAAAGUGAAUUUUAGUAAACAUAUUAGGUACCUAAAUUAAUUAUUAUAAUUCCUGAAUCCUCUUGCUCAGGAGGCAUGUGCAACUUCUUUUAAAUGGUAUGUUUGUUGUAAUCCUGUUUUUCUCUCUGUAACAGUUUCCUGCAGUAUUAGAGUUCCAUUCAUUCCAUUUCUAUUUUUAUUGUUUCUGUGUAUCUGGCUUUACUAAUAGCUUGAUUAGAUUAGCAGCCAGUUAAGUUUUCUGGAAGUAGAUUUUUAAGGUAGUUGAUCUUCCUGAUGAAAAAUAGUUCAAAUUUUAGGGUGAAUAGUUUGUGGAAGGUUAGCUUGAUGUUUGGAUCCUCAUUUUCCUGAGAUACUGAAACAGUGAAAAGGCCAGAGUUAAUGAGACCGUGAGUAAGAUGUAUAGUGGAUGCUAACACUUCCUCCUGCCCAUCCGUGUGGACACCGACGGGAGUGGAAUUGCCAAGUGCUUUAGUGAGUUGUGGUUACUGGCAGAAUCAGCACCAGUGCAGUUGUGCUGAAAUGAUCAUAACGUUCAUAAAAGGCAGUGACUAACAUUAGAUCUAGGUUAUUGUCUCAGAAAUCACUUUAGGAAAUUAUUGCAAUAUGUUGGCUAUAGUAACAUCUUCCUGAAGUAGUAUUAUGUCAGUAUCUUUGCCCAAAAAUCUCAUGUGUUAGGAUUUUAACUGUUUUGAAAAACAUAACUAAAUUUAACAAAUUAUUUGCUAAGAAUUAACAUGAACAAAGCAUUGCUACUUGGCUUAUAACAUAGAAUUUGAAUUCACGCACAAAAAAGAACUUACCAGUAAUGUCAUUUUGAAUGUGAGCUCCUGAAUGUGCCAUUAAAAUUGUUUUAGUUGCUGUCAA